CAAUACCUCUGUAACCUUGACUCACGCAGACUAACAUACGCAAAUUUUUUCCGCCCGGAUAAGGGUCAGAGGUGAGAACCUCGGAGUUUAAGAUGGGAAUCGCCAGCGGCACAGACUGCAGCAGCGGAGAGGAAGAUGGCGACGCCGAGUGGAAAGCGGCGAUUGAUUCCGUUGCCGCGCUCGACUUUUCUUCCUCCAACGGUCUCGCCGAAUUCCAUUCGAUCUCUGGCAACAACGGCGGCACGUUAGGCAACGGUUACUCAAACCACGACGAUGAGAAGAAAACGAAUGCCCCCUGCAUCAAGCUGUAUCAGAUUAAGGCACAAAAGCUUUUAGAUGGUAUGUUGGAGAAGAACAUUGAGAUGGUUCGAACUGCUGAAUCUAAUUAUCAAUCAGACGGAGGAGUCAUCCGAUUAUUCAGAAAAGCCCCUCCUGGAAUGAGACAAGAUUCUAUUGAUCAUGAUACAGCACCCCAGAAGAAACUAAAGAUUAUUCCAGGAGAUGAGAUCAAAGAAAACUCAAAGAUUUUUCGUCGCCGUAUCGCAUCUGUCGUCGUUGAUGGUUCCGAUAUAGUGGCUGCGGCCGGAGAAGCUUCCCAGAGGUCAUUGGUUAGAUGGGAAGCUAGAGAGGCUGCAGCAAUGGCAGCAGCCGAACGUGAGGAAGAAAGAGUUGCAGAACUGAAGAGAAUUAGAGGAGAGAAAUGGCUGCCUUCUGUUGCAAGGGAAAUGAAGGGUGACGCAUAAAUUCAUGGAGGGGCACUGGGCCGGAGAGAUAUUUACUUACGGAGAACACACGCAACUCUCCGUGCGUAAUUCUCUCUUAAUAACUUCUCAAUAACCUCUGCGAAUGUUAUUGUACGGUUAUUGCGGAAUUAUUUCAGCAUUAUUUAGACUAAAUACCCUAACACCAGAGAAAAUGUGAAAGUGUAACCCCAGAAAAUGAAAAUGUAACCGUGGAGGGUAUUGGCUUCAAAUAACGCCGAAAUAACUCUGCAAUAACUCUCCAAUAACCUUCGCAGAAGUCAUGAGAGAGGAUUACGCACGGAGAGCGGCGUGCGGACACGGCGUGUCCGUGUCCGCACACACGGCGUGUCCGUGUCCGCACGUAAAUAUUUCUCACAGGGCUGAGUUUUUGUAGGUGGAUAGAUUGAGGCUGUACUAUGUUAUCAUUUAUGGCCUUAAUUUUUCCAGAGAUAAGUGUUUGAAACUGGUAGAGGCUCUUUGGCUUCACUUAAAU